AUGUCCUCCUCAAAAUCACAAUGGCUCCUCUACGCCAUCCUCUCCGGCGGCUGCGCAGCCCUCAACGGCGUCUUCGCCAAACUCACCACAACGCAUCUCACGACCUCUUGGGCAAGCAGCGUGUCCCGAUUGUUAGGACAAGAUGAAUCAAGCUAUGUAGUAGAAUCUGUAGUUCGCAUUGGUUUCUUCCUCCUAAACCUAACCUUCAACGGGAUCAUGUGGACGCUCUUCACCCGCGCCCUUACACUGGCGAAUAGUACUGUGCGAGUAAGCGUGCUCAACACGAGUGCGAACUUUGUCUUGACCGCAUUGCUGGGGGCUGCGGUGUUUGGGGAGACUCUGCCUGGGCUGUGGUGGGUAGGUGCUGCAUUGCUGGUGGCGGGGUCUGUGAUCAUUGGAAGGCGGGAUGAAGGUGCUGCAGAGGGGGAGAAGCAGAGGGAGACCGGAAAAGAGGAAUUGAAAGCGAGAGAGGAUGCAAGCAGCACUGGCGUCGGUGGAGCAGAUAGUGCGAGCUCUAGAAGACGAAAGCCGAAAACGUAG